CAAACGAAUCAGAAUAAAUGCCAAAUAUUAUAGCGAAUUCUGGAGGGGGUAUUAAAGCCUUGGGCACGCAAACAUUUUGGCCGCAGACCCUGGACAUUCCAACAGGACUCAGCACCAUCGCACUCAGCACGCGCCAACCAAGAAUGGUUACAAAAUGAGGUUCCUCGCGUCAUUUCCAGCGCACAAUGGCCACCAAAAUCUCCGGAUACCAAUCUAUUGGACUAUUGUGUCUGGAUUAUUUUGGAAAGCAAGGUUGGCACUAAAAAAUAUUAAAUUGUCGAUCACCUUAAGCAAGCGCUUCGCCGGGAAUGGACCAAAAUACCGCAGAGCAACAUUCGGGCAGCGUGUGACGGUUUUAUUGGCCGUUUGAAGGCCAUAAUUCGUGCUUGCAUAAUUUUGCAUAAUUAUUCUAAAAUUUGAAGCAAUUUCCGACAUUUUUUGUUUCAUUCAAUAAAAUUAAAAAAAAUGUAAAAUUUAUGGCGUUCAAUCAAUUUUUUUUCUCUCCCCGUAUGAGAGCUAUAUCCAAAUCUAAAUCGAUAUUGAUAAAAUUUUAGGCACUUAUUUCUGAUCUGUAUUUGGUACCAAAGAUCAUUGUUGUGGAGUACAUGUUACGCAUGCGAGGGAUUUAAACACCAAAGCGGAUGAAAAAUAAAUAUGGGAGCUAUAGCUAUAUAUGAACCGAUUUUUUUAUGUACUUACUUCUAGACGAAAUUCGGUCAGAUGUGCCAAAAUUCAAGUCAUUUGAACUGAUAUUGGCAAUUUAGUGCACUUUUAAUCCGAAAUCAAUUGAAGAUAUAUAUGGUAGCUAUAUUGCGAUUCUCACCAAUUUUAAUAGGGUUCAUCCUUGAGCCAAACAGUGUUUGGAAAAUUUUAUGUCAAUCGGAUAAUAAAUGCGACAGACGGACGGACUGACAUGCAUAAAUCGACUCAGAAAGUGAUUCUAUGAAGAUCCUCAAAAGUAGUUAUGGGUCUAUUUCGCUUCCUUCUCCAUGUUAGAAACAAAUGCACAAAGACUUAAUACCCUUACCACUAUGUGGUGUAGGGUAUAAAAAUGUGUGUUUCUUUGUGGGCUGGAACUCCAUGGUUCAUUGUUUUGUUGUAUGAUAAAUAUUUUGCAUAUUUUUGUCUCAACUAACUUUUGGUGAGUAAAUGUUCUCGGAAGAGUACACGAAUGGAGUUAAGUGUAAACUACUACAUAUACGGAAUUUAAGAGAAUUUUGAAAUUUUAAUAAAAACUGAAACUAAAAAAUAUAAGAUAAAAAAUAUUUCAUAUUAGGAACGAUUCUCAAUCACUGUCCCCACUUUUUAUGUGUUUAAUAUCAAAUCCAUACUGGGUAAAAUCACAAAAUUAUUUGCCUUAUAAAAACUGCUGUAAAUACAACUGAAUCUCUAGCUUUAUAAUUUUUAAUGCAAUCUUUAUUUCAUUUCUUUUGUAAAUAAAAUAAUUUAGUUAAUUUAGAUAGCAAAAAAAUUAUUUAAAUACCGAUCCAUGGCUUCUGAGCAAACUUUCGCAUCUGAGUCUGAGUCCAUAGAGCCUGGAAAUGUAAACGAAACAGGUUCAGUCAUUGACAAUGAAGAGGAUGAGCUUAAUCGUGCCUCAACGGCCAAACCAAAGCCACCCACAGAUGGCGCUGGUGGUGGUGAUGCUGACGACUUGGAUGCCUGGGUAAAGUCGCGCCAAUUGGUCAAGCCUGACAACCAAUUGGAUUUAACCGAAGCCGAAUUAUCAGAAGAAAUAACCAAAGUUCUGACGACGACCAAUACAAAUGUGGUCCACAAUUUGGUCGUCUAUAGUUUCAAGGAAGAGGCCUAUGUACCCCUGCCGCCAGCCGGUAAUACAGUUACCCUGCUAAAAUUCGACGGUAAUUCUCUUCAUAUCGAUUCUGAUGAGGCGAAAUAUCAAAUGGAGGAAAGUGGGGAAAUUGGUUAUCCCCUGCCGGCUCCCCGUUACUCGUUAAUGGAAGCUGAAGCUGCUCCACCCAAAACUGAUGAUGGUGAAGCCGGAGAGGGUGGAGAAGGUGAGGACCAAGAAGGCAAAGAGGGUGAGGAAGGGGCGGAGGAGGCUGAAGGCGAAGAAGAAGCCGAAGAAGAGGCUGCCGAAGAGGGUGGUGAGGCCGAGGAGGGUGAAAAGAUUGAAGAAGAAACCGCAGAUGCAGCUCCAGCUGCCGCAGCCGCUGGAGGUAAAAAACGCAAGCUCAUCAAUCAAUUUAACUUUUGUGAAAGAGCGGCAUUGACAUUUACCAAUCCAACUAGGAAUGUCGACACCCAAACCAUACCGCCCCCACGAUCCCAGUAUGGCGCCAAUGUCUUGCAAUGGGUCAUUUAUGACAGCUAUGCAGAAGAUUUUGAACAGCAGCAGAAGGAACGCGACAAAAAGGAUGAUAAGAAAGCACAACGCAAGGACGAGUUGAAAAUGAGCAAACAGGAACUGAAAGCAGCACAGGCCGAGGAGCUGAAUAAGAAGUAUUUGAAAUGCUGGCAGAUACUGGAACGCAUGAUAAAUCAAAAUAUCUACAAGGACAUUGCUCAUGAUUAUCGUUAUUGGGAGGAUCCGGCCGAUGAGUUCAGAGACGGCGAGGGCACUUUGCUACCGUUGUGGAAAUUUCAAUACGAAAGAACCAAGAAAAUGAGUGUAACCGAUGUCAUGUUUAAUCCUUACUAUUACGAUUUGUUUGCGGUGUGCUUUGGAUCACACGACUUCAUGAAACAGCCCAGCGAGGGUUCCAUAUGUCUUUUCACUGUCAAGAAUCCAUCGUAUCCAGACUAUAUAAUCAUGACCGAAAGUGGUGUAAUGUGCUGUGAUAUCCAUCCAAAAUAUCCUUUCCUAGUGGCAAUUGGUCUGUACGAUGGUAAUGUCCAUGUCUAUAAUCUGAAGGAGAAUUAUCGAGAACCUUUGUAUGUAUCUAUGGGUGUUGGCGAUAAACACAUCGAAUGUGUCUGGGAGAUAAAAUGGGGUCCCGAUAUGGCCGAUGGUGAAAUCAAUUUCUAUUCCGUAUCCUCGGGAGGUCGUGUCUUCAAUUGGGUACUGAUGCAAAAUAAAUUAAUGGUGACGACAAUAAUAACGCUGUUCCUUGAAAACGGUAUUGUCUCGGGACCAGAUGGUACCGAACUACGUCUGCGUAGCUGUGGCUCCUGCAUGAAAUUUCAUCCCGAAGAUCCUGAAAUAUUUCUAGUGGGCACCGAAGAGGGAUGCAUCUACAAAUGCAGCAUUGCCUAUAGCUCAAAAUACCUCAUGACAUAUCGAGCCCAUAAUUUAUCCGUAUAUCGUAUUGAUUUUAAUCGCUUCAAUUCGAAUAUUUUCAUAUCGUGCAGUGGAGAUUGGCGUGUUAAGAUCUGGGAAGACAUGCGUUCUGAACCAUUGUUCAUCUUCGAUUUGGGCUCCGCAGUGGGAGAUGUUAAAUGGGCACCGUAUUCGAGUACGGUGUUUGCAGCCGUUACUAAUGAGGGAAAGGUUUAUGUCUUCGAUUUGAAUGUGAACAAAUACAAAGCGAUUUGUAUUCAGGCUGUGGUGCCGAAGAGGAAGAAUAAAUUGACGCGGUUGUCGUUUAACGAGAAAUUGCCAUUUAUCAUUGUGGGCGAUGAUAAAGGCACUGUCACCUCACUGAAAUUGUCACCCAACUUGCGUCAGAUGGUUAAGCCCCCCAAGAAACAACAAAACUUGGAACAGUCUGUUUUGCAGGUGCAAAAAUUGGAAAAGUUACUUUCCCUGGUGCGAGAACUACCCGAGGGUGAAAUCAUCAAAGAUACCACCACAACUGUCCAGAGUUGAAAAAUAAAUGUGAGUUUUCAAAAAGAUGUGUGUGUGUGUG